GGAGGCGGGGAGGGCCACAGAGGGCCACGCCGGAGCUCCAGGCCGCCCGUACCUGGUGCUGACACUGGUGCCUGAGGGUCUGCGUAGACAGGUCAUAGAUGGCCAAGGUCCCAUCCAAGUAGCCAACAGCUGCCAGAGGCAUCCUGGGCAGAGGAGAGCACCACUAAGGCUCGUGGAGGGACCUGGACUCACGCACCCUGCGCUCCUCCCUGGCUCCCCGGCCCAGGCACCCCUCGCCAAACCCCAUCCUCCCCAGCUUUCUCCUUUCCAGGCCGAGGCCCUUCUCACACUCACACGCUGCAGAAGCCCAAAGACUCCACGGAGUUGGACUCGCUCUCCUCCCCUUCUCCCACGUUGGGCUGGGAGGCCACGGUCUCGGGUCUGAAAACCCCCACCACCUAGAAGCCGUGGGAGAGAAUCCGAGGAUGGGAGGAGGGCUGAUGAGAAGGAGGAAAGGCGACGGGAGAGGGGCCAGGAGAGGGGCCGAGAGAGCCCUCGGUGGGGGGGGACACAUGGCACGGGCAGCAGAGGCUCCAGGUCACCCUCACCUUGCCAGCGGUGGCGCUGACCAGCUUGGCCUGGCAGUCCACGGAGCCGGUGAGGAUCAGGCUGCCGUCCUGGUUGGCGGCGACACAGGUCAGAGGGCCCUGGUGACCCUCGGUCCCUAGGACGGAGCACACGGCUAAGUCAGGCUUCCUCGCGGCCCCCGACGCCUGCCCCAGGCCUUCUGCACAGACACCCGGUGAACCCUGGCCCUGCCCUGGAGACCUUUUAGUACGUGGAUCGGGCUUCCCUGCUUCAGGUCCCAGAUCCGGAUGGUGCCAUCUUCAUAGCCGACCACGGCUCUCUUCCCUGAAGGGCCGCAGGCACGGACGAAGAGAAAGACAGCACUCACAGGCACACCCGGCAAGGGAAUGGGGGGGAAGGGGGAGACCAGGAAGUAAGGGAACGGACGCCGCCCCAGGGACUAGCGGCCAGUCAGGGCAGGAAAGGGGAGGCGGUCGGCUCUGGGGCCUGGGUCCGUGUUCUGGACAGCAGAGCUCGGAGCCGGCCGGCUAAGGCCCGGGAGGGAGCCCAGGAAGGCGCGUGAACCUGGAGCCAAGCUCUCUGCGCCCCGGGAAAGACAGACGGGGCAGCAGCCCUCACCGUCAGGGAGGACUCGGCCACAGGUAGCUGGGCAGCUGGGGCCUUGGAAGGUCUUGCAGUCACCAUUUGGGACCUUCCACAUCCAGGUGUUGCCGUCAGCCGUGCCCGCCAGGAGGACAGGUGCCCGAGGGUGCCACUCCAUCCACUGGGCAGAGGGCAAGGGUCAGCAGGGAGGCCUGUCCCCCCUAGGAGCCCAUCCCAUAAGCGCCACCCAAGCUGUCCUUGCUUCCGAGGGUGGCAGGGACGGGACAGGAAACAGCCCCACACUCUUGCUGCACGUGGAGAGCACGCUGCCUUAGAGCGGGCUCGGUCUAGUAAAGGCGAGACUGGACCCCCCCAGCUCCCAGCUCCUCCCCAAGGCCCCGCGCAGCUGAACACCACUCUGAUGCUCUCACCUCCAGAUCUCCCGCUUCAAAGGACCAGACCUCCUCCUUGGUGUCCACCUGCCACACUUUCAACAGGCCACUCAUGUCCCCUGUGGCCACGAGGGUAGAGUCGUGGCUGAAACCAGCACAAGUAACCGAGUCUUUAUGGCCUGCAAAGGGAAGGAGACAGAAAGAGAGGAGAACAUCAGGAGAACAGGACCCAGGUGGCUGACCCCCAGAAAGGACCAGCUGGGAAGAGAAGAAGGCUGGGUCCCACCGUAACAGGGAUUCUCUCAGGAGCCACAGCUAACAAGGCCUCACAGAACAGGACCCGGGCACUGCAAAGCCACAGUUCCCCAGAGUGCAAGGAGGAGCCGGAGCCCCUAUCCCCUGAGCUGGAAUACAUUCCCAGAAAGAGGGGCAAGAACCCCAUGAAAGCUGUGGGACUGGCCUGGUACAGCCUGUACACGCGCACCUGGCUCGGGUACCUCUUCUACCGCCAGCAGCUGCGCAGGGCUCGGAACCGCUACCCCAAAGGCCACUCCAGAACGCAGCCCCGCCUCUUCAACGGAGUGAAGGUGCUUCCCAUCCCCGUCCUCUCAGACAACUACAGCUACCUCAUCAUCGACACCCAUGCCCGGCUGGCUGUGGCUGUGGACCCCUCAGACCCUCAGGCCGUACAGGCUUCCAUUGAAAAGGAGGGCGUUAAUUUGGUUGCCAUCCUCUGCACCCACAAGCACUGGGACCACAGUGGAGGAAAUCGUGACCUCAGCCGGUGGCACCAGGACUGUCGGGUGUAUGGGAGCCCUCAGGACGGCAUCCCCUACCUCACCCAUCCCCUGUGUCAUCAAGAUGUGGUUAGCGUGGGACGGCUUCAGAUCCAGGCUCUGGCCACUCCUGGCCACACGCAAGGCCAUCUGGUCUACCUGCUGGAUGGGGAGCCCUACAAGGGUCCCUCCUGCCUCUUCUCAGGGGACCUGCUCUUCCUCUCUGGCUGUGGACGGACCUUUGAGGGCACCGCAGAGACCAUGCUGAGCUCCCUGGACACGGUGCUGGGGCUGGGGGAUGACACUCUGCUGUGGCCUGGUCACGAGUACGCAGAAGAGAACCUGGGCUUUGCAGGUGUGGUGGAGCCCGAGAACCUGGCCCGGGAGAGGAAGAUGCAGUGGGUCCAGAGGCAGCGAAUGGAGCGCAAGAGCACAUGCCCGUCCACCCUGGGAGAAGAGCGUUCCUACAACCCCUUCCUGAGGACGCACUGUCUGGUGCUGCAGGAGGCUCUGGGGCCAGGCCCGGGCCCCACGGGGGACGACGGCUGCUCCCGGGCCCAGCUCCUGGAGAAGCUCCGCCAGCUGAAGGACCUGCACAAGAGCAAGUGACAGCCCCCAGCCCACCACAGCCUGCCCCCCACAGCGGGGAGGCCCCCCCAUCGCCCGCACCACACCAUCCCCCUCACCACACCAUCCCCCUCAUUGCUGCUGCCACCACCUCAUCGGCGCCCACGGUGGGCCUCAGGCCCCAGCACCGUCGGGUUGAGGAGGGACGAGGGGACGGAGGGGACGAGGCCAUGAGACCAAGAGGAUGGAGGCUGGUCAAAGGCUCGGAGACCCCAUGGGGGGGCAGGGUAGGCUGAGUCAUCCAGGGCGAGAGGAGAGGGUCUGGGACAUCUCCAGACCCAGCUGGGAGGGUGCCUCCUCCCUGGUCCCGCUCCUGCCCCUGGUGAGGAAGCAGAGAGUGCUGGUCGCCGCUCCCUCAGGAGGCCUCACUCGCUGCAGCCCCUGAACCCAGGCCAGCAGGAGUCGUGAGCAGGUUGAGACCUUUCCCCCCUUCUCCCUUCCAGGCUUGGGAACGACGCUCAGGCCCCCCAGAGUGGCCUGAGGUGUGGUGCCUUGGAAAAGUGGUCACUCAGAGGGGCAGCUGGGCUCCGGUGUCCUGAGACACUGGCCCUCCUCCCCAAGCCUCCCCCCUGUGUCCCCCCCACCACCAUGAAGGCAUUUUUUAAACAGAGCCAUUUCUGGGAAAGAUGAAAGGGCUUGACGUCUGCGUGUCUGGACAGUCUCAGCCUCAGUGACUCCCCUGCAGCCUGGAAGAGGGAGGGUCCUGGUUGCCACAGAAACAGCACCCUCAGGCUGAGGAGACACUGGGAGCUGGGACUGCAGCCCCACAGGCGGGGCCCAAAGGACCCCCCUUCCCAGGGGGCAGAGAGCCAUCCUCCGCCCCAGCCACAGCAGUUUUCUCCUGAUGGCCCUUGUUCUUAGGAACUUCUGCCUUGUUCUAACUCCUGCUUUACCCUCAGGCCCUCUCCUCUUUUAGUUACGAAGCCAUUCCUCUGGCCCUCUGCGGUUUGCCAAGAACAUCCCCAUGUCAUUUCUCAUUCGAUCCUUGGUCCCAUCCUGGCUGGGGAAAGGGGUCCACUCAGCAGAGUGCAGAAAUCAGAAGUCUGGGAGCAGAGAGCUGUCAGCUCUUGAGUGGGUGGUGGCCUCCAGGACCCCAGGUCUGAAACCCAGCUCAGCCUCUCCUCUGGUCUCUGGUCCAGGUCCCUUCAGGGCCACAGAGAGGAUCCCUAAGGUCCUCGAGCAAGCAUACCUCGGGUCAGCUGGGAGCCUUCUCUUCCUGUGUUCAAGCUUUCCCUCGGGCUCUGCUCGCCUCUGGUGAGCCUCCGAGAUACCCCCUGCCCUCAGUGUCCCCUCAUCAUCCCGCCUCUGCCCCUGUCCCCAGCCAUAGCCUCUGGUACCAACUUUAGCAAUACCUCCAGAAUAGAGUUCCCCGCCCCCCCGAGACAUGCAGUUCCAUGCCGCUGUGCCUUUGCUCAUGCUGUUCCUUCAGACUGGAAUGCCUUUCCCCCGCUCCUCCGGCCUUGUCUGCCUGGUAAACACCCACUCAUCUCUCACGACCCCCCUCAAAGGCCCCCUCAUCCAGGAAGACAACCCCCAUGCCCCUCACCCUCCAGGCUACCUCUGCUCUUUGUAAAUGCUUCUCCCUCGUGGCACUUCUCACACUGUAUGUUACUUGUUUACAUGUUUGUCUCCCUUCCUAGACUGUGAACCCUUCAGGGCAUGGACUGUAUCUUAUGCAUCUCUGUAAUUCUGCGCCCAGCACGGUGCCUGGCCCACAGGAGGCGCUCAAUAAAUCUUGAAUGAAUGAAUAAUUUAA